AUGAUUGAACCAGACAAGCCCAUCUCAAUCCGCGUUACCGACCCUCACUUGCCUGGUCUUGCAUUGGAACGUGAUGAGGACGUCAUACGGCCCGGAAGCCAUUUGCUGCGUUACAGACACCUGAGACUUCUUCGGGAAACCUAUGGGGAGAGUCAAACAAUCGAACGCCCUCUGAAUCAGGCGCAUAUCAUGCCUGACACUGGUAGUCCUCAGGAGCUGUUUCGAACCGAAGUUCCGCCAGUACUACCGAGCCAAGGGCCGCGACCUCCUCUGUUUUCCAAGCACGUCUCUCCCGUCCGCGUACUAGACGAUCCUUCCGGGAGGGUGUUGAAGUCCAAUGACGCUGCAUCUAGGGUCUCUCCUGCUCCUCCGGUAGCCCAUGGUGCAGCCGAAGCGCCUCGCCAGUCCAUGACCGUUCAGUUCAGCCCGCCGGUAGACGGACGAAGUGACCAAGUGCCACUUGUCUUCGCCCCGUCUGACUUGGCUGAUACUUCGCGGAAGGUUGCUCGCGCAUCGACAAGCCCUCCUCCCGAGAUCCGCAGCAUUCCGACUAUCAAUCUGGGAACCCUGCAUGGCACGACGGCGCACAAGGCAGUUGUACCAUCUCUGCAGUACACUCCCAUACGUGCUAAUACAACACCUGUGCGCGUGACGAGAGAGGCGUCUGCAUCUUACACUACGGGUGCGCCGCCUGGAAUAACAGGACCUUUCCGCCAUGAGCAUGCCAUCCGGUCACGCUCGGAGAAGAUCGUCUGGUACAUGUCUACGGGCCCGGUGUUGCCCGGUGUGCCGAUCGCAGCAACCAUCGCGGAUGCCGGAGACCUCUACAUUCACCUGAAUGAUGGUGAGCUCCAGGUCUGGCUUCGUGGGAAGGCGGCGGAGUGGGUCCCCAUCCUCGAGCGGCAUCCUCAUCCGACCAUCAACGGCUAUGUCCUUCGCCUACUCGACAAUGGAGAACCUCGCUGGCCCGACAUCCUCCUCGCCAUCGCGCGCCACACGCUCGACCCGAUCGAGCUCUACAAGCUCGAUGAGCAGUACCGCAGCUCCGCGAACACGUCGCCGCCCGCAGACCUCUCGGACCCGCUGUCCGCGUCCACAGCGGAGACCACGCGUGAGUUCAUCACGCGCUACUACCCCUCCUUCUCCGCACUCAUCUCCCCUCUCUCCACCUACUUCCGCAUCCUCCUCGCCCUCGCGUCCGCAGCGCCCACCCCGCCAACGCCAUCUUCACCGGCGCCCCCACUUGCUCGACCUCGGCGGUUCGAGUCCGUCGCGCGCGCGAGCAUCCCGACCUCGCGGCCGCGGCCCUGUCUGACCUGCCCGCAGAGCGGCCCCCGGCGCACCCCGACGGCAAGCCGACGCUGCCCGGCGUCGACGGCGAGCGCAGCGGCCCGAGCUCGCCUUCCACAACGGGCGAGUUCCCGCUGUCGGGCAACCUUGCCUCAAUCAAGAAUGGACGGCAUCAUUGCGGUGACGAUGUCGCUCAUCUGGCCCGACGACUUCAACCUUAAGGCCACCCACACGAACAACGCGCCAAAGACAUCAUACAUCCUCUGUGUCCGUGUUGUACGCGUCCGCACGCUCGGACGAUCUCCGAGCCCGCUUCGUUUGAUUGUCCCGCGGAGCGCGCUUUGCGGCGCGACUGGGGCGUCGCUGGCAGGAGACGACGGCGGUAUAUCAACUGGCGCUGCGCGAUGGACGGUCUCGACUAGGGAUAGUGAAACCGUGUUACGGACAUAUGACCUUUGCUUGACCAUUGCUGUGCCCAAAGAACAAGACGACCAGCCCAUGAGCUCCACCCCAAGCACGACCUUCACACUGCUAAUACCUAGAUGUGCCUUCUUUGACGAGCUCCGGGCCAGCAGCUCCGAGGACAUCACUGGGCUCGAACGAGGCAAGCCUUCGUCGUCCUCCGAUGCUCUCAAGCACUUACUGUCCAUCACGACUGAAGACGCCAAGCUCAAGCCCAGGCUUCCCAGUAUCAAGAUCAACACGCCCGUGUCACUCAGGAAGUCGCUCAGGUCGCCCAUAGCGAACUUCAACCUCAGGUCCCCGACAGUUCGGAAGAGCGCACCUGCCGCGUCCCUACCGCCUGGCGCGCACAAGAAACGCUUCCGCGCAACGGUCCAUCGUGUCAUGGCGUUGCGCCGCGCGUCGACGACGAUGACCUCGGGGCGCAUCGGCGCAGAGCCGGGCAUCGACCCCCCGCCGCGCGAGCGCAAAUCUGCGCGAAUGCACACUAUGGUGACAGCCGCCAACAGUGCGUCAUUGAGAUCGUGGACUAUUCCGUGA